UGCUGCGUACGAUUGUUCCAUGGCGAAGAAGAGGAGAGCUGCAGAGCAGGCUUUGGGCGUCCCAGUCAACAAGAGAAAAUCCCUGCUAAUGAAGCCCCGACACUACAGCCCAAACGUGGACUGCAGAGAAGAAUGUGACGACAGGACCGAGGCGGAGGAGGAAGAUGGCCUCCCGGAAGCCAGCGAUCACACCGCCUCAGAAGAAACCAUGAUAAAACCUAUGGAUGAGCACCUUCAUUCAACUGCCCAAGAAAACUCCAGUGGGAAGGAAGACAGAUAUGGCUGCUAUCGAGAGCUCGUGGUCAAAUCUUUAAUGCACUUGGGGAAAUUGGAAAACAAUGUGUCUGUUCAGACUGUGAGUGAGAAUUUAAAUGGCAGUGGCCUCCAGUGUGUCCAAGCGGAGAGUGAUGAAGCGGACGAGCACUUCGUGGUUCAUUCUGAUGACGGAAAAGAAAAACUCAAUGAUCCCCAGCUUCGGUUCUGCUCUUCAGAUGACAGCGAGAGUAGCUCUGAAAGUGCAGAGAAUGGUUGGGACAGUGGCUCCAACGUCUCAGAAGAAACCAAACCGCACAGGGUCCCAAAGUAUAUCUUAGUGGAUGAUAGAAAAGACCUACUGGGAGCUGCUGAAAUCAAAACCGAAGGUGACAAGUUUCUGUCUUGUGAAAAUACGUGUGACCCCGAAACGGAAAGGAGAGACCCACAGAACCCUCGCGUGGAACCACUAGAUGGCACAGGCCAGCCCUCGUGCGCGGGGGUGGAGGAAGAUGGUAACGGGAGCCUGGCAGCCAUGAGAGAAGAGUCCCUUGACCUGGAGAAAGCGAAGGGGAGCUUGAGUGUGCUGCAGCAGGCAAUUGCUCUGCAGGCUGAGCGAGGUUGUGUUUUCCAUAACACCUACAAGGAGUUGGACAGGUUCCUCUUGGAGCACCUGGCUGGGGAAAGGAGGCAGACCAAAGUUAUUGACAUGGGUGGAAGACAAAUCUUGAACAGUAAACAUUCACCGAGGCCUGAAAAGAGGGAGACCAAGUGCCCCAUCCCGGGGUGCGACGGCACGGGACAUGUGACGGGACUCUACCCCCACCACCGCAGCCUUUCGGGGUGCCCCCACAAGGUGCGGGUUCCCCUGGAAAUCCUUGCCAUGCAUGAAAACGUGCUCAAGUGCCCCACCCCGGGAUGCACAGGAAGAGGGCAUGUGAACAGCAACCGCAACACCCACAGGAGUCUUUCUGGUUGUCCAAUUGCUGCAGCUGAAAAAUUGGCAAUGUCCCAAGACAAAAGUCAGCUGGAUUCGCCCAAAAGCGGCCAGUGUCCUGACCUGGUUCACAGGACGAGCUUGGUGAAACAAAUUGAAUUCAAUUUCCGAUCACAAGCCAUCACCUCUCCCAGAGCCACGGUGUCAAAAGAACAAGAGAAGUUUGGGAAAGUACCAUUUGAUUAUGCCAGUUUCGAUGCCCAGGUUUUUGGCAAACGCCCUCUCGUACAAACAGGUCAAGGACGAAAAACGCCACCAUUUCCUGAAUCAAAGCAUUUUUCAAAUCCAGGGAAAUUUCCUAAUCGACUGCCUAGUGCGGGCGCCCACACACAGAGCCCUUGUCGUGCCAGCUCUUACAGCUACGGUCAAUGUAGUGAAGACACCCACAUAGCAGCAACUGCUGCCAUCCUGAACCUUUCCACCCGCUGCAGGGAAACUGCAGACAUCCUCUCCAACAAACCACAGAGUCUGCAUGCCAAGGGAGCCGAGAUAGAAGUGGAUGAAAAUGGCACAUUGGACUUAAGCCUGAAAAAAAAUCGAAUCCUGGACAAAGCUGCACCCCUAACUUCCUCUAACACUUCUAUUCCAACUCCUUCCUCUUCCCCAUUCAAAACAAGCAGCAUUUUGGUCAAUGCAGCCUUCUAUCAGGCUCUCUGUGAUCAAGAGGGCUGGGACACUCCUAUCAACUAUAGCAAAACUCACGGGAAGACAGAGGAGGAGAAAGAGAAAGACCCUGCGAGCUCUCUAGAAAAUUUAGAGGAAAAAAAGUUUCCUGGAGAGGCCUCCAUACCAAGUCCUAAACCCAAGCUCCACGCGAGAGACCUCAAAAAAGAGCUCAUUACCUGUCCAACGCCAGGAUGUGACGGAAGUGGCCAUGUCACAGGGAACUAUGCGUCCCAUCGCAGUGUUUCUGGAUGUCCUUUAGCAGAUAAGACUCUUAAAUCCCUCAUGGCUGCAAAUUCCCAGGAGCUUAAGUGUCCAACCCCGGGUUGCGAUGGUUCCGGGCACGUGACUGGAAACUACGCUUCCCACAGAAGUUUGUCCGGCUGCCCUCGUGCCAGGAAAGGCGGUGUCAAAAUGACUCCUACAAAGGAAGAAAAAGAAGAUCCUGAACUCAAAUGUCCUGUGAUAGGGUGUGACGGCCAAGGUCACAUAUCAGGUAAAUACACGUCCCACCGCACAGCUUCUGGCUGUCCCCUGGCCGCCAAGAGACAGAAGGAGAAUCCUGUCAAUGGGGCCCCCCUCUCCUGGAAACUGAACAAACAAGAACUGCCACACUGUCCCUUGCCAGGCUGCAACGGGCUGGGCCAUGUAAAUAAUGUUUUUGUCACCCACAGAAGCUUAUCUGGAUGUCCUCUAAAUGCACAAGCCAUCAAAAAGGGCAAGGUCUCAGAAGAACUGAUGACCAUCAAACUCAAAGCGACAGGCGGUAUAGAGAGUGAUGAAGAAAUUCGGCACCUGGAUGAAGAAAUAAAAGAACUGAAUGAAUCCAACCUUAAAAUUGAAGCAGAUAUGAUGAAACUCCAGACGCAGAUCACCUCGAUGGAGAGCAACCUAAAGACCAUAGAGGAGGAGAACAAGCUCAUAGAGCAGAACAACGAAAGCCUGCUCAAGGAGCUGGCUGGCCUGAGCCAAGCUCUCAUCUCCAGCCUCGCGGACAUCCAGCUCCCACAGAUGGGACCUAUCAGCGAGCAGAAUUUUGAAGCAUAUGUAAAUACACUGACAGACAUGUACAGCAAUCUGGAACGGGACUCUUCCCCAGAAUGCAAAGCUCUGCUGGAAAGUAUCAAACAGGCAGUGAAGGGCAUCCAUGUGUAGGACCACAGCGCUGCGGGGCAACAGAAAUUGCAAACAGCAGGAACACAGCCGGAUCUGGAAGGGGCCCCUGUGCUGCGGAGGCGCGCGGGUGGCCCUACUGCAUUUACGAUUGCAACAUUGCACUAAUC